GAACAAGAAAAUCCUUGCCAAUUACAAAAUUGUUAAUUGGUAGCAAUUUAAUUAAUUAAUUUACUUUAUAGCGAUAUAUAUAGUGAUGAUGAGCAUGGUAGAGUUUGAGAGUGCUCUAAAAUAUUUUGAUGAAAAUGGGGAUGGAAAAAUUUCCCCUUUGGAGCUCAAGAACCGUGUGGCUAUUUUAGGUGGCGAGUUUCGGUAUGAAGAUGCCGAAAUGGCCAUCGCCGCGUGGGAUUCGGACGGCGAUGGAUUCUUGAGUUUGAAUGAUUUUGUUGAGUUGAUGGAAGAGUCCGGGAAAGAAGAGAUGCUGAAUGAUUUAAAAGAAGCUUUUGAGAUGUAUAUUGAUGUUGAAGAGUUGAGUGAGUUCAUAACUCCAAAGAGUUUGAAAAGGAUGCUUGGAAAGUUGGGAGAAUCAAAAUCUAUUAAUGAAUGUGAACUUAUGAUCAAACAUUUUGAUCUCAAUGGAGAUGGCCUUCUUAGCUUUCAAGAAUUUGUAAUUAUGAUGGGACUUGAAGAUACUACUAGUUAAUAGAUUGCUGUAUAUAUAAGAUAGAAUUCAAAUUUUAAAUAUUUGUUUAAAUAGACAAAUAAGUCAAUUAUUAGACUAACUUAAGUAGUUUAGAAUUUAACCAAUAUUUAUUUAUUUAUUUGUUUAUUUUAGAAUAAUAUUAUG